AUUCGCAACCUCCUCGAACCCUCUCAGGUCCAUCUAUAAGCAGCCUUGGACCUUUGAGGUUUUCUCUUUUAGCCAUGGCUAAACCUCCGUCCUUUGGCUGCUUCUUCUUCCUCUUAUUCUUCUUCUUUAUAUCCUCUUCCUUCGCCGCAUACGCCAUAUCCGAUUCCGAAGCUGCCUUCCUAGUCCGACGUCAACUCCUGACGUUACCAGAAAACGGCGACGGCGAACUUCCCGAUGACAUCGAAUACGAGGUCGACCUCAAGGCUACAUUUGCAAACACGAGGCUUAAAAAGGCUUACAUAGCACUCCAGGCUUGGAAAAAAGCAAUAUAUUCGGAUCCGUUUAACACCACGGCAAACUGGCACGGCCCCCACGUGUGCGCCUACACGGGUGUGGUCUGUGCGCCGGCUCUUGAUGAUCCCAACGUCACUGUGGUAGCUGGUGUUGACCUCAACGGUGCGGAUAUCGCGGGACAUUUACCCGUUGAGCUUGGUUUGAUGACGGAUGUUGCUAUGUUCCAUUUGAAUUCGAACCGUUUCUGCGGUAUCAUCCCCAAGAGCUUCGAGAAGAUGAAGCUGAUGCAUGAGUUUGAUGUUAGUAGCAACUGUUUCGUUGGACCGUUCCCUAACGUCAUCCUCUCUUGGCCUAGUGCCAAAUACUUCGACCUUAGGUUUAAUGAUUUCGAAGGUCAAGUCCCUCCAGAGCUUUUCAAGAAAGAGCUAGACGCUAUUUUCUUGAACAACAAUAGAUUCACUUCGGUGAUUCCUGAAACUUUAGGAGAGUCUACGGCCUCUGUUGUGACUUUUGCUAACAAUAAAUUCACCGGAUGUAUCCCUAAGAGUGUCGGAAACAUGAAGAAUCUCAACGAGAUUGUCUUUAUGGACAAUGGUUUGGGCGGUUGUUUCCCGUCUGAGAUUGGAAAGUUGUCGAAUGUGACAGUUUUCGAUGCAAGUAAGAACUCGUUCGUAGGUCGUCUCCCGACUAGCUUUGUCGGGUUAACGGGUGUGGAGGAGCUUGAUAUCUCCGGGAACAAGCUUACGGGAUUAGUAGGGGAUGAGAUUUGCAAGUUGCCUAAUUUGGUGAAUUUUACUUAUUCAUACAAUUACUUUAAUGGACAAGGUGGUUCUUGUAUUCCGGGUGGCGGGAGGAAAGAGAUUGUGUUGGACGAUACACGUAAUUGUCUGACGGAUAGACCUGACCAACGGUCGGCUCAGGAAUGUGCUGUGGUGAUUAACCGUCCGGUUGAUUGUAGUAAGGACAAGUGUGCUGGUGGUGGAUCCUCUACUCCAUCGAGAUCAUCGCCGGUUCACAAGCCAUCACCGGUUCCAACUCCGGUUGUUGACAAACCGUCGCCGGUUCACAAACCACAACCACCGAAAGAGUCACCGCAACAAGAUGAUCCUUAUGAUCAGUCUCCGGUGAAGAACCGACGCAGCCCACCUCCACCUCAUCAAUCUCAGCCUCCGGUGGUUUCCUCUCCUCCACUUCCAUCACCACCACCACCACAAGUCCACUCUCCACCGCCACCUGUUCACUCUCCUCCACCGCCUGUCCACUCUCCUCCACCACCAGUCUAUUCCCCACCGCCACCGCCUGUCUUCUCUCCACCACCACCCGUAUAUUCCCCACCUCCGCCAGUCCAUUCGCCACCUCCACCACCUCCGGUUAACUCGCCGCCGCCACCUGUUCACUCACCGCCGCCGCCUGUUCAGUCGCCACCGCCACCGGUGUUUUCUCCUCCAGCUCAUCCGCCACAAACACCAGUCCAACCGUCACCAUCACCAGCGGUCAUUCUUCCACCUCCGUCUCAAUCUCCACCAGUAGUCUACUCUCCUCCGCCAACGAUCAGUUCCCCACCAGCACCAGCUCCAGUGGAAGAGAAACAGACGCCGCCCGCACAAGCACCAGCUCCGGUUGAAAAGGAACAGGCGCCUCCGGCACAAGCACCAGCUCCGGUGGAAGAGAAAGAGACGCCGCCUGCACAAGCACCAGCUCCGGUUGAAAAGGAACAGGCGCCACCGGCACAAGCACCAGCUCCGGUGGAAGAGAAAGAGACGCCAACGGCACAAGCACCAGCUCCAAGUGAUGAAUUCAUCAUACCACCUUUCAUCGGCCACCAAUACGCAUCGCCACCACCUCCAAUGUUCGAGGGCUACUGAUAUCGAUCGAAGAGAGAAGAAACAACUAUAUCAUCUAGGAGUAACAAUAUUGUAAAACGAAAGAAGAGAAAAAAUUGAAGAAGAAGAAUAUAAUUGAAGGUUAAAUUAUGUAUGCUAAUGGAGGAACUUGUUAUCAGAUGUUUAAAUUUGUAACAGUUACAACUUCUGAUGGUCGAUAAAAGAUUUAUACUUCUAAGCAAAAAGAGUUGUUAUUA